AAGAACUCAGACGACCGCGAACAAGAAACUUCUCUCAGAGACUGUAAAUCACAUCACGAUCUGCAAGGAUGAACAAGCUGGUGUUUUGUGCCACUCUGGCACUGUUCUGGUCAGCUGUAGUGUCUGGGGAAAUCCAAGUGCAGCGCGACUUCAAUCUCGAUCAGUUUAUAGGGAAGUGGUACAUCAUUGGGAUGGCUUCUGAUGCACAAUGGUUCACUACAAGGAAGGAUAAAUUUAGUAUGAGCACAAUUCUCAUGAAGCCUGCCGAGAAUGACAAGGUUGAAACUGUUUUGACAAAAACCAGGCGGGGGAGGUGUUUGCAGAUAAUCUUCCCUUACAGGAUGACAGGACGGAAAGGGCAAUUCUUCUUCCACAGUGACCGUUGGAAUAAUGACCAUGAUGUAUAUGUGACAGAAACCAACUAUGAUGAAUAUGCUUUGAUACACAACACCAUCACAAAAGGACCAGAAGUUACAACGCUGGUAAAGCUGUAUGGUAGAGAUCAAGAAUUGAGACCGGAGCUCUUGGAGAAGUUCAGACAGUAUAGUCUGGCACAUGGACUGGAGGAACAGAACAUUGUAACUUUCGCUAAGCAAGAUGAGUGCAAACCGGUCCCUGUUGAGGACUGAACAGCCAGGUUUCUGCUAAAGUAAAUAUGCAGGGAAGGAAUAGUCGCAUUACCAAUCUGCUCCACGCCUUUGAUCACACACACAUUGUAGACUGCAGUUACACAGCCAGCUACUAAUAAAAUCACCUUAAUCA